AUGGCCAGUGUUGAGGUUGCACAGCAAGCACCGGCCACAGUGCAACAAACUGAAGCAACAGAGGUAACCAAGACCCAGGAAACAACCCCGGAACAACCAGCCGCUGAGGUUCCUGCCACAGAAGAGCCAGUUGUUGAGGUUCCUGCUCCAGAAGAACCAGCCGCUGAGGUUCCUGCCCCAGAAUCAACUACCGAACAACCAAAGGAGGAAACCACCGAAGCACCAGCAGAAACAACAGCUACAGAAGAAACCCCAUAUGCUCCAGAAACCCAAGUUCCAGUUGAAGUUGGGACCGAGGAGGCAGUGACGAAGGAGACAGAGGAAGCCAAGCCCGAGGAAGAGAAGUCAGCAGAAGAGAAAACUGAAGAAGUGAAAGAAGAGCCAAAAGCAGAGGAGAUCAAAACAACAACUGAAACAGAAGCAGCAGCAACCACAGAGGAAGAGAACAAACCCGCUGAGGCAGUGGAAGCGCCAGCAGAGGUUCCUGUUGUUGAGAAGACUGAGGCUUAG